CAACUAUAAACUCACAAAUACUUCUUGAGCCUUUUUAACUCCACAAACAAAUGGCUCCAAGAACCUCCCUUGCAAUCUUCCUUUCUCUCAACCUCCUCUUCAUCACUUACACCUCUGCGGCUUGUCCUAGAGAUUCCCUACAACUCGGUGUUUGUGCCAAUGUUCUCAAGCUAGUGGACAUAACAUUGGGAAAUCCACCUGUAACGCCAUGCUGCUCUCUCAUCCAAGGUUUGGCUGACCUUGAGGCUGCAGCCUGCCUUUGCACCUUGGUCAAGGUUAACGUUCUUGGAAUCAACCUUAACCUUCCUAUCGAUCUCAGCGUACUCCUCAAUGUUUGCGGUAGAACACCUCCAACGAACUUCCAAUGCGUGUAAGUUGAAUACUUAUAACAUACCUAUAAAAUGAAUGAAUCAUACAGUUUGAUGAAUUGUGGAACCUAUUGUCAUCUUCUUGUUUAUUUUAAGGUGGCUUUUUUUUUUGGGGUAUUUUUCUUUUUGUUUGGUUAAAAUGAACGUACGUACGUUCUCAUGCAAUAAUGGAUAAUGGGGUUGUGUGUGUAAUCGGCAAGUUGGUAAUCCUUUGCUUCAUUGUAACUUUUUCUUUCGAAUUUGAUUAAUAAAAGUAUCAAUCA